AGCAUGGAAGGUAGAGAGAAUCUAGAAAAUGUGAAAACAAUUGUCCCAUAUCUUUCACAUCCUAAAAACCCUUAAAAUUAAAAAAAAAAAAAAAAGAAGAAAAGAAACUGAAGGCAGAAGGAAAAUCAUUGAACAAGAGCUAUUGGUGAAGCAAAGGAAAAAGCAUAUUAGAAUAAUGAGAGACCACAAGUUGACAAAAUUGAAGUCAUUGUUUCUUUCUUUGAGAGGAGACUUUGUGUUAAGAGGAAAGAUCUCUUAUUUGGGAUUGUAGAAGGGAUCUUUCUACCUUAACAUAUCAGAUACUGGCCCAAUAGAUCUGUGUUUCUCUUUUGUUUGGCGAUGAUUCAAGAUUCUUUAUCAUCAGUUCAGAGUCACCCACCCUAUUUUUUUGGUUCUCGGUGUCUUUAUGGAAUUUUUCUUUGCUUUUACUGGGGAAUUUCAUGGAGCUAGUUGAAUUUCUUAGAAUUUGUGGAUGAUGUUAUAAAGGAAUGGGAACUAAAGUGCAGCACAAGAUGUAUCUGUCAGGAUAUUAUCCUAUGAAGGAUUUAAAUGACAGUAACGGAAAUGGUAACUGGCCUUCCCAUCAUGAAAACAAAACCUUUGGGCAAUGUUAUGGCCUCUUGUCUGCAAAGCCAGCUACAGAUGGAUAUAUAGCUAAUGAAAAGGAACAAUUGCGGCAAACCAUAAUGAAGCAUGAAACUGUAUUCCGGCAGCAGCUCCAUGAACUGCAUCGUCUUUACAAGAAACAAGCAGACAUGAUGAAUGAAGUGACAAAAAGAGAACCCCACAAGCACUUCAAACCCAUGGAAACAUCACAGUCAAGCUUUUUUGCCUUUCCAUCCGUAGAUGACAAAAGCAGGUGUUACAGUUCUAGUUUGCCAUUGGUUGAUUUCAGUCAUCGUAUGCAAUCUCCAUCAGGUGCUGAUAGCAUCCAAUCACACUUCAGUUCCAUGGAUGUGAAGAUCAUGCAAUCUGGUUAUGGUUCUACCCUCAAUGGAUCAAGGUCUAAGGAAUGUGAAUCUCUGGAAUUCAAAUGUAAGAAACUCCAGAGAAGAUUGUUUGACCUUGAGCGUCCAGCUGAGGAAUACAUAAAUGGUGAAGAUGAAGGCCAAGGAGCAUCUGGAGGGUCAGGGAUGGAAAAUUGCCCUCCUCAUAGGAACUGCGAGCUUGCUUGUGAGAAAAAUGGCAACUUGUCAACUCGCAGUUGUGCAUACUCUAUGUGCAAUGGGGAUGCUUCAAGUUCCAAUAUGAAUUUAAAGAGGAAGAUGACCAUUACUGAUCUGAAUGAACCUGUCCAGGUUGGGGAAGCAUCUGGUACUGAUUCUGUCGAUAUUCUAGGGAAUAUUACCUGCUCUAGAGAGGGUCUUCGAAAUAUAGAUCUUUCUGCAAGUAACUGUUCUGGUUUUUUGGCUAAGGAAGCUUCUCGAACCCCCCUUAAAGUAAAAGAUGAGGGAGGUGUAUGUAGUCUGCAUUCAGAGAAUGAAAAGAGACAAAGAAGAUGGUUACCUUCUCCUUGUAACUCAGGCCAAACUACAAGCAACAUAAAUUUUCAGACUGGAGGUUUUCAGUGUGAAUAUUUGCCUGCAAUAUGUGAAUCAUCACAAGUUGGAUACCAGAAACCGCAUGAGCUUAAUCAGAACAGAAGGGAGGUAUCAACAAGGAAGACAAUUUUUGGUGUAGAAAUCUCUGUAAGAAAUCAUGACACAUCAGUUAUACCUUCAAGUACACGUACUUCACAGCCACUUGUUCCUCAAUCUAAUGUUGCCAAUUCUGAGUCGUCCUCCAUUUCAUCUUGGAAGAAUCCUCCAGCUGGCUGGAGACCGAAUCUGAUAUUUUUUCAAGGAAAUCCUUGUUUGAACACUUUUCCCAAGUCAGAAGUUGAUGGGCUGCUUAUAAAUAACAAUGUAAGAUCAUUUCCAAGUUUGAAAGCAGAAACAUCCUGCCAAAAUAGCCCUCGCCUUCUUUCUCAGUUGGAGUCCAAGGAAUCGCAGGUUUGCCAUGGUUUUAGCUGCAUUAAUGGCAUCAGUGACAGUAAUUCUACUUCUGAAAAAGUUCCUCAACAUAGUCCUGCAAAUAACUUCAGGAGUUCGGGCAUAUUAGGGAUUUCAAAGUCUAUAGAGGAAGCAAAUCCUGCUCUUCCAAAAAGCUGCAAGAAUGAAGCAGUUUCUGUUGAUGGUCCAAAGGAAGAAAAUCCCAAAGGAGGUUUCUCUUGGCUUAGAGAUAUUUCAUUUUGUAAUGGAAAAUAUUUCAAAGAAAGUAAUGGUUAUCAUAACGUAAAUUUGGAUUUCUUCCAGAACCAUUCUGAGCAAUUUACCAUAAAAACUGAAACAAUGAAGAGCCCCUUCCAAAGCUUUACUCAGAAUUCCUUGUUGAUGAUAAAUUCCGAUGCCCAAGAUGCCAAGGACAAGAAAACUGAAGGAGCUGACUGUUCAAGCAAUUUAAAGGUUCUUGGAAUUCCCAUUUGUGAAAAGCAGAUGUCCAAAGACUUGCCUUCUUCAACCUUUGCCUCCAAUCCCAGUUUUGCUUCUGAAAUUGAUGGUGCUAACUAUGUUAAACCUGGGAUACUUCUUACUGAUCUAAAUCAUUAUCCUAUUCCAUCUGAAUCUGGAGAGAUACAACAUUUGAAGUGUGUAAACGAAGGAGAUGCUAGUUUAAGAGAUUGCUUUGAUUUGAAUGUGUGUGUGGCUGAAGAGGAGGCUCAAUCAACACAUGUUUAUCCUAGAACUGAGGUGAAGGUUGCAAUUGAGAUAGAUUUAGAGGCACCAGUAGUUCUCGGCAAUGAAAUAGAUAUCAGUUCUGGAGGUGAAUUUGUAGAAAGCGAACUUAAAGAGCCAGUUGAUUCAUUAAACAAUGAGUCUGGGAUCUUUCAUGAAGGCUUUAUGAAGGUUGCAGCUGAGGCUCUAAUUGCCAUCUCAUCAUCUGGUAUACAUAAUAUUCAAGAUGAUGCCACUUGUCAUCAAGUGGAAGCUUCAUUGAGUGAUUCCCUUCAUUGGUUUGCAGAGAUAAUUACUUCUUACAACGUUGAAAUAGAGAACAAUGGCAUGUCAGCUUCAGUUGGUAAGGACAGUACAGAUUGUCAAGAUACCAUACCAAAUGGGAUCGAUUAUUUUGAGUAUAUGACCUUAAAUUUGACAGAAACAAAGUUAAAAGAAUACCAUUAUGAAUCUGAAGUUAUAGAUAACACAAAAGAUGAAGUCACAUUGUUAAGACGGCCGCGGAGAGGUCAGGCCCGGAGAGGAAGGCAGCGGAAGGACUUUCAGAGAGAUAUACUUCCCAGCCUUUCCUCUCUCUCCAGGAAUGAUGUGGCUAAUGAUCUUCAGACCAUCGAAGGACUUAUUAGAGCAACUGGUGGCAUUUGGCAGUCAAGUUUGUCACAGAGGAACUCUCCCAAGGGCAAAAGAGGCAGAGGAAGAAGGAGUGCAGCAGCUUCUGCUACUUCUCCUACAGAAAACACAGUUUGCUCACUGCAGACUCAGCAACCUAAAUGUGCUGAGCUGGGACUUGAAGAAACUGGAUUAACAGGAUGGGGAAAGAGGACAAGGCGCCUGCCAAGGCAUAGAUGUCCCAUUAAUCAUCCUACUUUAACAAUACAAUGAGUAGAGAGCUACAAAGGAAAUUGGAGGCUUCUCAAAGCUUUGCCUGUCAAAUUUUUCAGGCCAGGAAUAUUUACAUUGUACAUUAAUUUCUUUGUUAAUCCUUGUUUGGAUUCUUUCAAUUUUCAUCAAGUGAGCUUGUUUUUCUGAGUAGAGAAUAAGUGGUAUUGGUCUUUAUUGACAUAAAACUGAUUUUUUUCCCUUAAAUGAUAUUUUAUUCCAACUCAGUGUGUAAUAUAAGUUAGGCAUUGUUUGAAGUUGGGGAACAUGACAUUCCCUAAACUCAAGAGUUGAUGGGUGUGCCACUUUCGAGCUUGCAUAGGUAUUUUAUGUCUUAUCUUCAAAGUUCUGCUUGUAGUUUGUAUCAAAGACAUAGCUUUUAUA